GCAUGCGCGGUGUGUGUGAUGGCGGAGAGAGGGCGGGUGGAUGAAUUCUCCGGGUGGACGAGGCAGAAAGAAGAAGGCACCGGCCCGAGCUCCGCCCGACGGCAGCAGCGACAGACUCUCGCUCCACAAGCGGAAUCUUUACUACUUCGCCUACCCUCUGGUCGCUGUCUUCAGCUUCCUGCGCUUCCUGGCCUUCCACCUCUGGCUCUUCUUCGCCUACGUCUGCCAGCGCCUGGCCGAGAUGGCAUCGCGCAAGACAACCCCGUCCGUGGCCACGGCCGAGCCCGAGCAGAUCCGCCAGUCGCACAAAUUGGCCUUCGAUUAUAUCUCUACCGCCCUCAAGAUCGACGAGGACGACAAAGGACAGAAGGAAAAAGCUGUGGAGUGGUACAAGAAGGGGAUUGCAGAACUGGAGCAUGGUAUUGCAAUCCAGAUCUCUGGAUCAGGUGAGCAGAUUGAACGAGCCAGACGUCUACAGAGCAAGAUGACAACCAAUUUGAUUAUGGCCAAGGAUCGUCUGGAGUUGCUGGAGCAGAUGCUAGCAUGUGCGAGGUUUUCCAAGCCCGAGAGGGAGGUGUGUAGAGACAGCCCAGGCCCGCCGUGCCCUAGUGCACGGAUCCAGUCAGAAAGCGGAGCUGUCCCAAAGAAAAAGAAUCCUUUGACCCACACAAGCAAUUCCCUUCCUCGUUCUAAGUACACAGCGAAAAUCACUUCCCCAGGACAGCGGGGUCAUCAGAGGACUCAGAGCCACAGUGGAAUCUCGAAUGGCGCUGGAACUUCUCGCACACCUCAACCCAGUACCUCAACUGCCAAGGCUACAAGUACGAAAAACACCAUCAGACCAAACAAACCUACCACUCCUGUUGCAACUCCUCAGAAGAAGAAGGAUUUGAAAAAUUUUCGAAAUGUCGAUAGUAAGCUGGCAAACCUAAUCCUGAAUGAAGUGGUGGACAGUGCGCCAUCUGUCCGUUUCGAAGACAUUGCUGGGCAAGAGCUGGCAAAGCAAGCUUUGCAGGAGAUAGUCAUUCUUCCAUCUCUCAGGCCUGAGUUGUUCACUGGACUGAGAGCUCCUGCUCGGGGAUUGCUGCUAUUUGGCCCUCCAGGGAAUGGGAAGACCAUGCUGGCUAAGGCUGUGGCCUCCGAAUCCAAUGCAACAUUCUUCAAUAUCAGUGCUGCAAGCCUUACCUCCAAAUAUGUUGGAGAGGGAGAAAAAUUAGUGAGAGCUCUCUUUUCAGCAGCUAGAGAGCUUCAGCCAUCCAUCAUUUUCAUUGAUGAAAUAGACAGCCUCCUUUGUGAGAGGAGAGAAGGAGAGCAUGAUGCAAGCCGACGCUUAAAAACAGAGUUUUUAAUAGAAUUUGAUGGGGUACAGUCUAGUGGGGAUGACAGAGUUUUAGUAAUGGGAGCAACAAAUAGGCCACAGGAGCUGGAUGAGGCUGUCCUUAGACGUUUUACAAAGAGGGUGUUUGUGUCACUACCAAAUGAAAAGACACGGUUGUUGCUGAUUACAAAUCUUUUGGCCAAACACGGGAAUCCGCUGAACCGAAAGGACCUUGAACACCUGGCCAAACAGACAGAAGGGUAUUCAGGGAGUGACCUGACUGCACUGGCGAAAGAUGCAGCUUUAGGUCCAAUUCGAGAGCUCAAGCCAGAGGAAGUGAGGAAUAUGGCUGCUAGUGAGGUGAGAAAGAUCAGACUGACUGACUUCGAAGAUUCACGGAGGAAGAUCAAACGCAGCGUGGGCCCUCAGACUCUGGAUGGGUACAAGCGCUGGAAUGAGGAAUAUGGAGACACUGCUGUUAAUUCAUGAGGUGUCAGACCAGCACGGGCUCUGAUCACUGCUGUAAGGGACUCUCCUUGAUCAGAGUGCAUCAUCGGUUGUCAGCACCAACUGGCCUGCACCUCCUCUGGCCUUCAGCAGGAUACCAGAGUUGUUUCAUCACAGAUUCUUAUGCAGAAUCAGGAGCACUAAAACUGACGGGGCAAGUUUACAAAACUGAAUCCUUUCUAUGACGUGCUAUAUCCUUUUUAAAAUUGAGUUUCAGGAAUCUUUGUGCCUCUGGAUCUGGGACCAUGUAGCUGGCUGUCAGUGAAAGUGGAGUUUAGGGUCUAGCAAUGGUUAAAAAUAUUUCAUGAUUUGUAUAUUUUGUUCCUGGUGUAAACAAGUCGGUCCCUGUUCAGAGUAUACACAGUAGAAGCACAACCGUAAGAAGAUUUGUGCCUUAAGUUUGCAGUACAUUUGCUUGCCCUAGUGUGUUUGGUCCCUUUGCUCCCCAUGCCUAAUCUACUUUAAAAGGUGCACCAGCAUUAUUCAUUCCUAACAGAUUAUCAGACCUGUUCAGCAGUGCCAAAUAAGUUGCUGGUUGCGCACUUGGAAAUGUCUUCUUUGAAAGAAGACCAUUUGCAAUGCGUGCCAGGUGCUGAAAGUGUUUCUCCCCUAAUAUCAAGUAGCUGGUCUCUUGAUUUCCUAACAAGUCCACUGAUAAAUAAUUUUGCAUCAGUUGUUCAAUAUUUCAGUGCGGCUUUUCUCUGGUAGACUUGGUACAAAACCCCUACAGGUGUUGGAGGAAUAGCGAAACAUGAUUGCAUUCGAGCCUCCAGUUCAGUGCAUGGCUUUCCUACCAUUACAUGAUAAACAGCUCUUAUUACAAAAUUCAGCAUUAUCAAAACUAAUACUUCAGUUAAUUUUCUAAAUAAAUAAUUUCUUCACAUAACUGAACCUAUUGAAAAUAUUUUACCAGGGUAGCAUGGGUUAAGUGUUCCUCACAGGCAUUUGACAAUAUUAAGGCAAAGACAGCCCUUCAAAAUGUCUACCUUUAAUAUAAACACGAUGCUUGGUAUAAUUCUCCUCCUCUUGUAAUUCAUUCUGAGCAAUUUGACGGAAGAUUUGCCAGCCGUUUUUUAAAGAAACACAUCUGGUGUGUAUUUCAUGCCCAUCACACUUCCAUGUUACAUAACUUUCUGCUGGAACUCAGGAAAAAAGUAUUUAUAAAAAGAACUCCAGAAACAGUCUGUCCAUUUCCUUUAACCAGCCUUUACAUGAAAUCACCCAGUGUCUUUUUUAAAUGGCCGCUUUAUUGAUCUCUGUAUGAAGACUGCAUUUACUUGUGAGCAAUUCCGUUAUUUAGCCAAGAAAGUUAUUUAACUUAGUGCAAUGCCCCUGAGCAAACAACAGCCCUCAUGUUCAGUCUUAACUGUGAGCAAUGUCACAGGAGGUUCAUCAGUAGUAUCAAAAUUUCUAGUCUCAUUCCAGCCAUCACACUUUAAUGUUAUAAAGGAAAUUAUUUUAUACUAACAGUGACUAUACUUCAAAAAGUAAUUAAUUGACUGCAAAGUGCUUUGGGACAUCCUGAGAUGAUGAAAGGCACAUUAUAAAUGCAAGGCUUUCUUUCCUAGAGAAAGGCAUUACCCUGAAGCCUAAAAUGUACAAACAAAAUGCAACUGUUCCCUGACCUUAGACUGGUUACAGUUGCCUGAAUUUGACCGUUUAAAGAAAUGGGGACAGGUUAUCUGCUUCAUUUUUGCGAACAUUCCUAGUGAUCCUGUAGUAAAGCAUUAGUGUCACCUUGCCAGAAGCCACUGCCAUCUUCCCUUUAAUUUCCAAGUGGAAGAGCCUUCAUUCCGAAAAGUUUUCAAUUGCACUUGAAUGGGUGGGGAUUCUCAUCAGGAUGAAGUGUGAACUGAGCUGGAAGGUUCAGGCAAUUUCCUGGAGUAGGUUUGCAGGUUUUAAUUGACCUUUGUACCAACUCUACCUCUCAAAAUGGCUGUAAUUUCCUAAACCAUGCAGCUACCCACUUGUAUAUUACUUUAUGUAGUGAAAGGUUGGUCCCUUUCCUGUGAAACUCCAGACCAAACAAUUCCAAGGGGCCUUUUUUUUUUCUGGUUUGUAACUAUUGAAAGCUCUUGUGCUGCAGACUGUCUGAAAGCAGGACCCGUGGCCAAAGGCAGUGAGAGCGAAUGCAGAGCUGGAGUGAAAAAUGUCCUAGAAUUCAGAGAGCACUGAAAUAUUAAACAGCCUGAAGGUAAAUACCAUGUACCUUUGCUAUUGGAUUUGAUCUGUGCUUUGAAACUGUAACUCUCUUCCAUUGCAAACUUUCCAGCAGUAAGCUUGCAGACUGCAAACCCACGCUGCCGAAAUUCUUGUGAACAUGACCAUUAACUAGCAGAAAGCAAUUAACUGAUAUGUGUGGACUCUUUUUAACUUUGAUAAUUUUUUGAUGACAGUUUAACAGAUUUGUGCAUCAUUGCAUUGGAUUUGACGUGAGUAGGAAGUUUAAACAUGAGCAUGGUGUUCAGGAGUAGGCAGCGAUUCUGUUUGUUUUAUUUUAGCACUGUUGUCGUUCCAGUGCCCUGGUACUGCUGAAACCGGUUUAGGGAAAGGUAAAAUGUUCCAAUUAGUAAAUAUUGUAUUUUUGGCACUUUUAUUUUUAUUUUUUUGUAUCCACGUGCAUGAGCAAUUUAUUUUGAUCCAUUUGUUUUUUCGUGUCUAAUAUAUUGAUAAAUAAAAGUUUUAAUUCGA